AUGUCGUCAUAUACUAAAGAGCUCGAGGUGGCCCAGCUCGCCGUCCAGCGCGCCUCCAUCCUGACCAAGCGAGUCUUCCACGAGAAGGCCAAGGGCACCGUGUCCAAAGACGACAAGUCGCCCGUCACCAUCGGCGACUUCGGCGCCCAGGCCCUCAUCAUCAGCGCCCUCAAGGCCAACUUCCCCGACGACGAGAUCGUCGCCGAGGAGGAGGCUGCCCAGCUUCGCCAGGAUGAAAAACUGAAGCAGACGAUCUGGGACCUGGUCAAGACUACGCAGCUCUCCGACCCCGAGGCCGAAGGCUUACUGGGUGGCGAGAUCAGCGACGAGGAGACUAUGUUGACUAUGAUCGACUACGGUAACAGCAAAGGAGGUGCCAAGGGUCGCAUAUGGGCUAUUGACCCUAUUGACGGCACCAAGGGCUUCCUGCGCGGGGGGCAGUAUGCCGUGUGUCUCGCCUUGAUGGUGGAUGGAGACGUCAAGGUUGGAGUCUUAGGCUGCCCCAACUUACCCAUUGACGAUGCUGCUCCGUUGUCGGGAAGCAUGGAGUCAGGGCAGACUGAUAUAGGCAGGGGUGUAUUAUUCUCGGGCGUACUAGGCCAGGGAGCCACGAGCCGCCCGUUGACCACUGGGUCUUUGGCUCGCGAGAAGAGCAUAUCUAUGAAAGCCAUCGACGAUCUCUCGGCCGCGACGUUCUGCGAGAGCGUGGAGGCGGGCCACUCGGCGCAUGGAGACCAGGCCGAGAUUGCAAAGCUGCUGGGCAUCACAAAUCCUAGUGUGAGGAUGGACUCGCAGGCCAAGUAUGCUUCUAUUGCACGAGGUGCUGGUGAUAUCUACUUGCGAUUACCUGUGAGUGCGUCUUACCAAGAGAAGAUUUGGGAUCAUGCUGCGGGUGACCUUAUUGUCCGCGAAGCCGGCGGCGCUGUAACCGAUAUCCAGGGCAAGCCGCUAGACUUCACUGUGGGACGAACACUCGCAAACAACAAGGGUGUCAUCGCAGCACCGGCUGCUGCCCACCCACAAGUUCUCAAGGCAGUCCAGGAAGUCCUCUCUAAUAAAUAG